UCCACGCGUCGUCCUCCCGCGCGCCCGCCCGCCCAUGGCCGGGAAGGUGCGGUCACUGCUGCCGCCGCUGCUGCUGGCCGCCGCGGGCCUCGCCGGGCUCCUACUGCUGUGCGUCCCCACCCGCGACAUCCGGGAGCCGCCCGCCCUCAAGUACGGCAUUGUUCUGGACGCUGGCUCUUCACACACGUCCAUGUUUAUCUACAAGUGGCCGGCAGACAAGGAGAACGACACAGGCAUUGUGGGCCAGCACAGCUCCUGUGAUGUUUCAGGCGGGGGCAUCUCCAGCUAUGCAGACAACCCUUCUGGGGCCGGCCAGAGUCUUGUUGGGUGCCUUGAUCAGGCGCUUCAGGAUGUGCCCAAAGAGAGACAUGCGAGCACGCCCCUCUACCUGGGAGCCACAGCGGGUAUGCGCCUGCUCAAUACGGCUGGGUGGGCCGGUGGUUCCGGCCACGGAAGGGGACGCUGGGGGCCAUGGACCUGGGAGGUGCCUCCACCCAGAUCACCUUUGAGACGACCAGUCCAGCUGAGGACAGAGCCAGUGAGGUCCACCUGCGUCUCUACGGCCAGCACUACCGAGUCUACACCCACAGCUUCCUCUGCUACGGCCGUGACCAGGUCCUCCAGAGGCUGCUGGCCAGUGCCCUCCAGGUGCCCCUCCACCCUGGCUGACCUGCACUGCACCAUCCCCUCCUGGAGCAGAGCCUGGACAGCCACCAUGCUGUGGAAAGCUUCUCCAGGCUGGGCUUUAAUUGGCUGGAAAGACAGGUGGGAGGGUCAGAGCAUGAGCAAAGGCCCAGUGGCUGGGCUGGGCCUGGAGAAGGGAGGGCCAGGGAUGUCUGUCAGAGGGAGCCUGGUCAGGGGCUUUGGGAUCUGUCAAGCAGGCAGUGGGGAACCAUGGAUUGCCCCUGAGCACAAAAGUGAGGUUGCCAGAGUGAGACCUGGGGGAGGUUCGUCAGGCUGGUCCUCUGGAGUGGUGGUGGUGCCGCCCUGUCAUGCUGGUGAUUCCCCCAGACCCACAGCUUCCACCCCUGCUGGCCAAGGGGCUUUUCCACCCACGUGCUGCUUGGGGAUGUGUACCAGUCACCGUGCACCAUGGCCCAGCGGCCCCAGACCUUCAACAGCAGCGCGAGUGUCAGCCUGUCAGGAAGCAGUGACCCCCACCUCUGCCAAGAUCUGGUUUCUGGACUCUUCAGCUUCUCCUCCUGCCCCUUCUCCCGAUGCUCUUUCAAUGGGGUCUUCCAGCCCCCAGUGGCUGGGAACUUUAUCACUUCUUGCGGACUUCAAUGGGGUUGCCCGUGGCCACCCUACAGCAGCUGGAGGCAGCCGCAGUGAACGUCUGCAACCAGACCUGGGCUCAGCUGCAAGCUCGGGUGCCGGGACAACCGGCCCAGCUGGCCGACUACUGCGCUGGGGCCAUGUUCGUGCAACAGCUGCUGAGUCGCGGCUACGGCUUCGACGAGCGCGCCUUCGGUGGCGUGAUCUUCCAGAAGAAGGCCGCGGAUACUGCAGUGGGCUGGGCGCUCGGCUACAUGCUGAACCUGACCAACCUGAUCCCCGCCGACCCGCCGGGGCUGCGCAAGGGCACCAACUUCAGCUCCUGGGUCGUCCUCCUGCUGCUCUUCGCCUCCGCGCUCCUGGCUGCCCUUGUCCUGCUGCUGCGUCAGGUGCACUCUGCCAAGCUGCCAAGCACCAUUUAGGGGCCGGCGGGGAAAGCUGUGCCAUCACUCCCUCUACCGCUGUAUCCCCCACCCCUCCACCCACACCCACCCCUGUACCUACCUCUCUCCCCGCCCCUGUAUCCUGCAUUCCUCCACCCACCCUCUAUCCCCCACUCCUCCACCCUCCCACUGUAGGCUCCAUCCCUCAACUCCAGCACUGUAUUCUCCAUCCCUGCACCCCACCCUCAGCAUCUCUACCCCUAAGGCAGCCCAGGAAAUGGGAACUGAGACUCUGGUACCCACAGGGGCCCGGGUGGGCAAAGGGCGCUCAAUCCAGCUCCCUGAGCCGCUUCAUCCUGGGCAUCACUGCAGGCCCCAUGCUCCUCCUCCUCCUCCUCAGGGCUGGGUCUCCAGGGAGUGGGGCCUUGGUUCUGAGAAUCAGCCCUUAGAGGCUCCGUCUGUGGAGUCUGGGUCUGUACUGGGGAGGGUCACAGCCCACGGGCUGGCAGCCAGCCCAGCACCUACUUGUAAAAAUUUUGUAAUAAAAACAUUUUCCUAGA